AUGCAAUUGCUGAGGGUGAAUAGCAACAACGAACUCGUCGUGCCACCAUUCGAGUGUGCAUGGCUAUCAGACAAGAGUCAGCAGCUGAACGAUGACGUUGGUUGCAUCGCCUUCGAGGUCAAAGGAGGCCCCUCCCUGUUUUCCUGGAAGGAUCCCAACCCGAGCCAAGGCACCCGGCACAUUGGGUUGGCAGCGUGGGACAAGUUUGUGGCAUAUCGGAACAUCCGCAUGCACAAGGCUGCAUGCUGCACCACCGAGGGUCAGGCGCAUGACAGAACUGCAACACAGGUGGCAUCGCUAGAGCAGCUGUGCAGGCACAGCGUCGUCACAAACCUCACUGUACAGAGUGUCUGUGACGGGGUGCAAGUCGCACACCUCCUUGAGCCAGCGCUGGAUGACAUGGCAGGCUGUCUGCUGACAUUCCUGUCGCAGAACUUGGAGAGCGUGCUGGCCCAGCAGAGCCAUGACUUUGUCAUGCUGCCGCUGCCCGUUUUGACUGCUUUGUUGAUGAAUCCCUCGCUGGUAUGUGAGGAGGUAAAGCUGUAUGAGGCGGUACUCAUGUGGACUCAGCAUCAAAAAUUUGAUGCACAGCAGACUGACGAGGCCUUGUCACAGCUUCUCCCGCUCAUCCGCUUCCCAUUGAUGUCACUCGAGGAGUUGCAGCCGCAUGCGCCGCUGCGGGCAGCGAUAGCGGUGGAGUCCAAGCGGCAUGUGCGGGGCAUGGCCGGGGUGGAUUCACUCGCGGCUGCGCGAUUUCAACGGAGGCUGUCCCCGGCUGCCAUGCCGCUGAUGUACAUGUGCAACGGCGACCACAAUGGCGUCUGCCACUACAUUGGCACCGCCUAUGGCCAGCAGAAAUUUGUCAACCCUGCGCUCUCCGGCCGCCUGCAGGUGACGGCGAGCAGCCCGAGCUGCCGCUUCACGGAUCCCAAGGCGGUUGUAAGCGGCCAUUUCCUGCGCAACAAUGCGGCCGGCCAGCGGCGCGACGGCGGCACGUGGUGGCGCGUGGAUCUGGGAGAGCAGCACCGGCUCAUGUGCAACUACUACACCAUGCGCCACGACGCAUCCCCGGACUACGCGCGCAGCUGGGCCCUCCAGGCAUCCACUGAUGGGACAGUGUGGGUCGACCUGCGGCAGCAUGCGGACGACUGCACCAUCAACAUGGCUGGGCAGUACGCAUCCUGGCCCGUAACGGGGCACGCUGCACGGCGGCCGUUCAGGUUCUUCCAGCUGCUGCUGACGCCGGCUGCUCCAGCUUCUGGGAAGGCCAAUGGGAGGGUGUUCUCUCUCUCUUACCUGGAGUUCUAUGGGUACUUUUUCAGGGAGACCCCUCCCAGCCAGCAGUGACUAUGUGGUGUGGUGAGUGUGAGAAACUGAUUCCUGUGAGCGCUGAAACCGCGCUCCUAGCGCCGAUCAAGCUGCUCUGAUGCUGUCCAGGGUGCUAUCGUUUUCUGCAGAAGAGAAAUGCUGCGCUGCACAAGAGUGUAAACUAGAGAGAAUUGAACCUUGCAAUGUAUGGCAAGUGAGUUGGAGUUUUUAGCAAGUUUGAAAUGGUUUUAACAUGUUGCAUGGCGUUCAAAUGUAUGUACUCUGCUGAGAUUGGCAUUGAGAUCAUUUUGGUGCUCUAUCUAAUUCCUUAGAUAUUCAACUGGAUCCGGAACUUCUAGAGCAAUUCUGCGGUAUGUUUGUUGGUACCUUCCAUCAUCCAUGUGACAGCACAUGGACAUAUAUGAUAUCAGAGAGCAUGUGUAUCCUUGCAAUUUGAGAUCAUGAAAGCAUUGUGCAAGAUC